GCUGGGGCCCAGUCGCCAUGAGCGGGGAGCGGGGCGGGCUGGGCCUGGUGCUGCGGGUGGCGCGGCCGGGCUGGCUGUGGCGGGGUGCGGCGGCGGCGCUGCUGGCGCUGGGCGCCGUGCUGGGGGCCUGGCGGUGGGCCGGCUGGCGGGCGGCCGGGCGCCGCCGCCGCCUGCAGCGGAUAGGGACGGUGUUGAGGCUCUUCGUGUACCCGGUGAAGUCGUGCCGGGGGGUGCCGGUGGGGCUGGCACAGGUGACGGCGAUGGGGCUGCGGAGCGGGGAGCUGCGGGACAGGUUUUGGCUUGUGACUAAGGAAGAUGGGCACAUGGUUACAGCUCGCCAGGAGCCGCGGCUGGUCCUCAUCUCUGUCAGCUGUGAGGACGGGCAGCUGGCCUUGGAGGCCCCGGAGAUGAAGAGGCUGUGCGUGCCUGUAAAGCUACCCCGGAAAAACCCCGUGCGGAACUGCAGGGUGUUUGGAAUGGAUAUCCAAGGCAGGGACUGUGGAGAUGAAGUGGCUCAGUGGAUCACCACUUUCCUGAAUUCAGAGCCAUAUCGACUGGUGCACUUUGAGCCCUCCAUGAUGCCAAGAAAGUCAAAAGACAUAAUAAACCUUUUCCGAACCACAGAUGAGGUUGCCUAUCCUGACUGUAGCCCAGUCUUGAUCAUCUCAGAAGCUUCACUGGAUGAUCUAAAUACCAGGCUGGAGAAGAAAGUUAAGAUAGAGAACUUCAGACCAAAUAUUCUUGUGACAGAUUGUAGUGCUUUUGAGGAGGACACUUGGGAGGAGAUUGUUAUUGGCAAUGUGAAGAUGAAAGGGACAGUGUGUUGUGCCAGGUGUAUUUUAACAACUGUUAACCCAGACACUGGAGUCAUGGACAGGAAGGAGCCCCUGGAAACACUGAAAAGUUACCGCUUAUGUGAUCCAUCUGAGCGACACAUAUACAAAUCCAGCCCUCUCUUUGGAAGAUACUUUGCCGUUGACAAAACCGGAACGAUUCGAGUUGGAGACCCUGUGUACAAGUGGGUCCCUGUGGUCCAGUAACGAGAGAGAACUUUGAUCAGAAGAUGCCUUUUCACUUUGAUAUGCAAAUUGUUUUCCCACGAACUCAUUCACCAGCAUAACUUUUUCUUAUUUCUUGCAAUAUUUUUUGUGCUAUGUUCCUUUGUAAGGUGAGGGGGGGUUGUCUUUCAGGCUAUGAAGUGCCAGUCAUUUCAGAUUAUGUCAUCUACUAGCAUGCCUGUAGCAAUCACAUCUUUAGUUUUUCUGGGGUCUGUGAUAGAAGAAAAUCUAAUCCAAGACAGACUUCACAGCACUACUGUGAGUAUCACACCUCCUAAAAUCUUAAGUCAAGCUUGAUAACAGGAUCCAAAAUUAUGUACGAGGGCUUUGCAGCAUGUAUUGGAUACAUUGAGUGCCUAUAAAGAACCACAAAAACAGUCAUGCCAAGUGUAAAGUAAGUAUGUUGGUCACGGAGCUGCCUUUACAGGUGAAGAGGGAGUGCAGAUGGCACGGCUCUGUCUUGGAUUCCACCCUUCUUUGGUCCUAAGCAUGUUACCUUAUCUAUGUCUGGAGGUACUGUCUGGCAGUGUUUCUUAUCCUGCAGUGAUUUCCUGAAGAUCGCUCCUGUCUUUUGAGACUGGAGCAAUAUCAGAAAGAGAAGGGUUGUGAGUUGACUAAAUGCUACUCUAAUCCUAGAGGUGGGAACACUGGCUAAUGAUGUGUAGGACUCGGGGGUUCAUUUAGUUUAUGACCUCUGCUUUAUAGAGUUCGAACCAUGAAUAUUUUUCUCUUGUGAAGCAGGAGUGAUGCAGUUGCUAAUGUAUCAGUAGAACUUUAAAUUUGACUAAAAGAAUUAGGUGUUCACUGUAUCAGAGACAGCUCAUUGGAGGGGAAGAAAACCUGUUGGAACUGCCCCUUUCCGAUUCCGAGCCUGCCCCUUUCAAGCUGAUGUGCAGAGCUCUGUGUUCAUGCAUAGUUCCUCUCUGUUACUGUAGACAGUUAGGCUGCUAAGCAGAUGUUUGGGAAGCUGUGGUUUUAGACUGAACAUGUUAACAUCCUUGCUGGUUAAGCAUUUAGAUCUUUGGCUGCCCCUCUACUCUAAACCAGAUGUCAUCUGUUUGUAUGAUAAUUAUAUUUUCUGCUAUAUUUCACACUGCAUAAAACAGGUGGGGGGGGAAAAGUAGUUGGACAAUAGCUAUAGUAUCUUUUCUUUAAAUAUGACAAUAUUUUUUAAUUUUUUUUUUUUAAAAGUGGACUCCAAGACAAAAGCCCGCCAAGCCAUCUUUCAAAUGCUUGACUGCCUGUUGCUUUGUUGCGGAUUGCUAGAUCUAGAAAGAGUGUUGAACUAGCCAAAAGAGGAAUCUAAUUAACUGUGAAGAAGGACAAAUCAUGACUCAAUUUGAUGUUUAGAUUCUUUUGUUUUCUUUUGUAAAUGUGAAAAUGGAAUUCUGCUGUAUGUUCAUAACUCAGACCUGUAAAAUGAAGAGCCGUCGUGCCUUUGAGCAAAUUCAGACGGAUGUAUGGGGCAAGCCUGAAGCAGACAUAUGGGGAAGGUAGUUUUCUGUUAUUUGUAAGCUCAGGGUUGCUCCGUAUAUCCUUUCGUUAGCAGAAUGCUCUGUAAGUAUUAAGUUUUCCUGUGACAUACAAGUGCCCAGUUCAGACUGCACGUUGCAUAUUUGUGUAUUGUUUUGCCUGAUGCAACAACUAAUGGGAGGAAGUGAGAGAAAGAGCAUCUUUUGACAAGGACAAUAAUCCUGAGGUUCACUUUUGAAAAGCGGGUGUUGAAUAUUAAUAUUAGAAUCUGAAACCAUGUGAUAUUCCUAAUGGUAUUAUUAAGCAAAGACAGCCUGCUGGCCUGCCGGACCAGUUAGUUAAUUGUGUGUCACUUUAUUAGGUCAAAGAAGCAGAAGGAAAGAAGCACUGUUGUUUUAGCACCACAUUAGGAUUUGUGUAACACAAAUUGUGUGGUAUAGAUCAUCUUGCCUCUCGUUAGGCUGUUAUCAAUUGAACUAGUUUCGAAAUGAGGCUGUCUUUCCAAGGAGAAGCUGCAUCUGCGUUCCUGUUAAGAAAACGCCAUGGAUCUAAAACCCUGACAGAUCCCUGUAAAAGCCCCUUAAAAGAAUGUGGCUAGAAUCCUAAAAUAGGUGUGCGUCGGAGUACAGCACAUUUCACAAAUGACACUUAAAUCAAUUAUGUUGUGAAAGAGGGCCAUUCUGGGAAGGGGAGAGUGUAACUUAGGAACAUUACAAUAUAAAUAUCUUCAUAUAAAUGUUGAACUACUGUACCUGUAGGAAUUGCAUUUGAUUUUGCUAAAGUCAUGCAGGGAAUUGACUGAGAACAUGUUAAUCUGUUAAUCGUAAAGCACUAUUUUUUAAAUUGUGUACUUAAAAAUUUUAAUUGCUUUUUUAACUCUAGAGGAAAAAAACAUAAGCUUUUAUUGAAUCCAAACUCUUGUGUAAAAUUUGUGAAUCUUUAUUCUUUGUUUGUUGUUUUGUCAUUUAACUGCUGUUGCUCUUUCUAGGACCUCAUAUAUAAUUAGCAGUGAUUUUUUUUUUAUUAUUAUUUUUUUGUUUUAAUCUUACCUCUAAGUUCAGGAAAAUAUGCAGUUAACCAGAGGAAGCUAUAUGUGUAAGAGAGCAGAACCGUCAGAUCUGAGUAGUCUUCAGACUCAAUUUUACAACCCUUAUGAUCUAGAUGAUAAAAAAGAUGUUUACAGACUAUCUUCUUUUUUCCACAGGUGUAUGAAAGUAGGGGAGAAUGGGUUUGAAGGCAGGAAAGUUUGGUACGCUCAAGUCAGCGCAAGGGCAUGUUUCCUAUUCAGGUCUUUAAGUAUAAAGCCAAAAUCUGUUUUGCAGCGCUUACUGUACCAACAUAAUUCUUGCAGAAGAUUCUGUGAGAGGACAGUCCUUGCAGGCAGAAAUUUCCUGGUUGCUUAAGAUUUGAGGUGGGUACAUCUUCAGCCAAGUCUGCCCACCCUGUCCCCUCCCCAAAAAACAACAGAGAAGGAUCUGUGCUUCUGCAUCUUAAAGAGAAAAUAAGCCUUCCAAAGGCAUUGCUCCGCUUCUCCAUAAGAAGAAAAGAGAUUCCUGGCCUUUGCCACUACAAAUGGCAAAGGUUUCAAAAAGGACUGCCAUAGGGUGUUCAUUUAUGGUCUGUUCUAGCAUCUUGAAUUGCCUUAUUCUCACCUGAGAUCUGUAAGAAAUUCCCUGUGCUGCAGGGCGGAGGACUACACCUGCAAAGUCUUUAUUUCUUUUGGACAGAAGGUUCUUAAAAAAUAAUGCAGGCAUCAAAACAGCAUGUAUCAGUCUUCAGCUGGAAGAGAGGCAGCAUUCAUACCGCUAAAGGUUCCUGUUUUUACAUAUUCUACAUAGCCUUUGUGUUAAUGUUAACAAUCUUUAAUGAGAAUGUCACUAGUAAUUAUUUUUGCAUUUUACCUGGAGAAACUGGUGAAGUCAGUAAGGGUUUCAGACACUGGGCCUCUACUGAAACAAAUCUGCUUACUCAGCAUGACAGUAUUUGGGUUCUGGAGCCAGAAUCUUCACUUGUAUUGACUUUCCUGGUGUGGGAUAAGGGCUUUCACCUGUAGAUGUACUUCUAAUUUUCUUCACUUUUAUUUAUUGGUGUUUUUUUUCAAGUAUCGUCAAACAGUGCCGUGCCUGCCCACCAGCUGGGCUGCUCUCUGGGCAGGGAUGAAGAGGGUGCCCCCAGCAGGGAGGGCUGGGUGCUGCUGUGUAACUGCAUCGUGUUGCAUGGGAGCAUGUGGUACUGGUCAGUGCUGGUGAAGCAGGGGUUAAUAUCUCUUGGUUCCUCAGCUGGUAAAUGACUGUUUGGGAUUGUUGCAACCAGGGUGUGGGCAGUCAAGCCUAGCAGUGAAGCUUGGACUGAACUCGUGGUGAAGGUGGAUAUCAUCUGCCACAGCUGAGACUGGGGUGAAGCCAUGAAACAAAGAGACCUGAGGAGAUGCCCGUCUGCAGCGAAGGGAAGGUUGGUGUCAGCAUGGCAAGUGUCAGUUUGCUUGGUUAGGCAGACCAGGGAGCAGGAAUGGUGUGAAGAGGAAAGGAGGUGAGCAAGGCUCAGGCAUGUAGAGGGUGUGUGUGUCAGGGCUGGAGCUGCAAGAGACGGGGCUGUGAAUCAAGGCAAGGAACUGGGUGGUUGCACAUUCUCUAGGUGUUUCUGUGCAGACAGUGAGAAUGAGCCUUAGUUGUGAGGUCAGCUUCUAAUAUUCUUCACAGCUACUUGUAGCCUGUCCUGAGGAAUGCCGCACUCCCCAGUGGGCAACAGCUCAUCAUGUUGACUUCAGGAAAUCAAAACACGAGUAACCGUAGCCUGAGCUAAACAGCAGGCAGAGACUACAGGACCUCAUACCCUCUGAAAGCUGAGUACCGGAGAGGAAUUUAUAUUGCACCCUGUCAGUAUGGACUGGCUGUGGUGCCUGUGGAGGCUUUAGCUAACUGGACUAUCUUCUACAUGCAAAGACCACAGACACAGAGUAGGCUGUGGUAUGUCUUUGUGAAGAUUUUGGGUGGGAACCUCUCUCAUUUUUCUGUAAGGCUAAAGCAUCUCCCCUUUGCUCUUGGACCAUUAUCCACUAGGCACCUAGCUGGCUGAAAUCUUGGUUUCCUCCAGGCUCUUGCAGAGCAGAAUUGUAUCUCCUCUACUGCACGAAACUGCUCCGAGAGCUUAUCGCUGCUUGUUUACCAGGGGACUGUUCUCACUUUCUUUAGGGGCUAGAUUACAAGCACAGUGAAACAAUUACUGUGCUUCGUUGAUGUGCUAACCCUCACAGCUUCUUCGCUAUUGAACUCCAAAAACCAGCUGCAUUUGUUGUUAAUUGAGGUUUGUCUUCCAGAGAUUCUGAACGAUGAUGAUUCUUCAGUCAUAGCAGGCGUGAUUAUAUGCAGUGACUCAUGAGCAGUUAUUUUUGGCAAACAUACCUAUAUUGCCUUUGUGUAAGUAAAAGGUGAUGGCUAAGUCUCUUCAUUUUAUCAAAAUUUCAGUUGUAGAAGCGUAGGACUGAAGGAAACCAGCUGGGUCACAGAGUGCGGUCUUGUCUAACUGCAGAAAACAAAGCAAUACACAUUGAAUUCAGACUCGUAGAAUACCUGCAUCAUCUGUCUCCACAUAACUGAGCCACAGGGCACUUCUGUUAUGCGUCAGAAACUUUAGAUUUUUAGUAAAAGAUCAAAAGCCACAGUGAUAGUUGGACUGCAAGAAGAUCACAGCAGAGUUCUAGAGUACCAACAGUGUCCUAGAUCUUCCCAAAGGUAAAGACUGAGCUGCUCAAAACGGAAAUCUUCCACUGUAUUUACAGCUGCGUGGUUUAGUGGUCAAUAUUAACUCUUCAUUCCUUGGGUUCAUGUAAGAUACAUGAAGGAAUAUCAACUUUUUUCCAAUUAGCUCAAGUGGUAGAUGACGGGACCUUUUUUUUUUCCACUCGCCUCUUCUUUAUUCCUUAAUUUCUGUGUAACAGAGCUAAAGCUGUAUGAUUUCUAGUUUACUGCAUCCCAGGCUGUGUGGCCUUUAGCAGAACUAACUCUCUUCCAGCUGACAUUCAUGUGUUCAGAAAUGUGAGUCACAAACAUCCUAAUUGGGGGUGUGAGGGUUGCUAUGUAAUUAACCCUGGAAGGGCACCAGGCAGCCAAAUAGGUCCAUCAAUUUGAACUUAGUUGUAAGAAGUCUGGAAAAAUACCUGAUCCUUUUAGACUUCCGUAAAAAGUGCUCAGCCCUAGAAGUGGUUGUAGCCUGAGGUUACUUGAAAUGCAAGGGCAUAAUUUGAAUCCUUCAACAAACAAUUCACAAAGGUGAAAGCUCUUGGGCACUAUGUCUGAUGGAGCAGAAGGUCCGUGCUCAACCUCACUUCUGUGCCAACCCCAUGUGUAACUGCUCUCUAACUGGGCGAACUGUACCAUGUUGGGUGACCAAAACGCCUACAUAAGUAGUCAGCUGGGAUCUCUUUGCAUGACUCUUCAUCUGGUAAAUAGGGUGGCAGUGUUGGCUGUGCCCUAUGGGAGGACCUGUCUGGGAGCAGCAGGAAGCCACUGUGACUUAUCAGCCCCUUGGAGGAUGCUGAGAAGAUACAACUCGAGCAGCUUGCUAGGACUUCUGUGGUGCUGCUGAGAACCUGUCUUGGUUUAUCUUCUGAACUCAGCUCAGCCUUGUAGAGUCUGUCUUUGGAAGCGGUGGUGGCAGUGCUGGAGUCAGCGUUGUGCAUCAUGAAGGGGUAGGAGAGGUCAGUGUAUUUUAUCUAUUCGUCUCGAUGGAGCUGUCUAAGUGGAUUUGGAGCUGGAUUUGAAGACAUCAAGACCCGUAAAUUUAAAAGAGGUGGAAAGCAUGCCCACAGGUUUCCACCAAAAAAAUGGAAGCAUCACUUUUUGGUGCACCCUCUGGACUAAAAGGCUCCUGGCAUCAGGGAAAUAAAGCAAGAUGCUUGGACAAUGUCCUGAAAAAAUACCGUCAAGCAGAAGGAAUGUUGUAAAAUGGCUGUGUAUUUUUAUAUUAGCAGGCGGUGGCUGCCGCUGGAGGAGAACCGUUCUAGCACUACAAAAUGACUCCAGAUGGAGACCCUCUCGCCGGCCGCUGACUUCAGGCCCAAGCAAAGCCGAAACAUAAUGCUUGUCCUGAUGGUCACCAUCCUCGGCCAGGAAAUAGGGGAAUGCGUUUGGCUCGGGCAGCAGCAGCGUUCUCCCCUUACGAGACGUCUGAUUUAUUGUAUGUCUGUUAAAACUAUAGUUUUGGAAUAAUUUUUAGAUUUGCUUUAAGAAAAGGAAGAAAAUGAAGAUGAAUGAAAUGGGACUGGUGCUCUGGGCUUGACAGGCGUAGCACAGAGAUCAGUCCCCAUAGACUUGGUGCUAAAAGUCACACUGAACGUCUGCAUCCAGUGUUCCUGGCAGAGCAUUUUUCCAUCUGCUUGGGAAAGUCACCGCCGCUCGCUCCCAACAGCUGAUGCGGGGAUGCAGCCAAAGCUUCCUCCUGGCAGGCUGAGCCUGCGAGGGAUGUGGUGCCCACCGCCACUGGGACCAAACGCCAUCAAAAAAAAUUAAAAAUAUAAAACCUGAGUGGUGCCCGCUGUGCAGGGAACGAAAAGAAACCUUUUUCCUGCGUGCAGAGGUAAAUCACUGCUGCGGCAGCAGCAAGGCAAGGGGCUGAGCAAGCCCAGGACAAGCUCAGCCCUGCUCGGGACAUCUCCGCAGAGCAUCUGGUGUCCAAACACACUGCUGCAGCACCAGGAGGGCAUCCAGGCUGGAAAGAUGAUACAACCUCCAGGAUACGCAGCAGCAGUAAUGGGAUAAGGAUUUUCUGUGCCUCAGCACUGAAGUGCUUUAGGGUUUACCUAUCACGGUCUCAAAUCCAAACAAAGAAAAUCCUGUCUCUGGUGAGGCAGCGAACAGAUGCUGCCUCUUGUUCCUUCUGCUCUGGAGAAGGCAAAGGAAGUUAUCUAUUAGCUGAUCCAAGCUAAAGCCUAUAGUACAAAGGAUCUUUGCGUCACCCCCCAUUUUCACUCUUGCAGAAAACCCACCCGUUCUCGUCUCGCAGACGCUUUGUGCGCGUUGCGUGUUUUCUUUGGCAAUGACUCGCGCUACGCUAAAUUUUGAUUCUCUCCUUUUACUGUGGUCUGCCAGGGUUUCUGCGCUUUUCUAAGUGACCCACACUUAAACAGCAUGUCCUGGCUGCCACGCCGUUGUUCCGUACACGUGUGGCAUCGCCGCUAUUGCUGCUGGACUGUUUGUCUUUUGAUUACGUGGGGCUUGAUGAUUAAACCUCGACAAGCCGUUAGGUUCGCGUGAGUUUUCUUCUCCUGCAGCAGCUGAGCCUGGCAGGUGACUUGGGCAUCGUCGUGCCGUGGGGGGCUACAUACACAUGUAGGAAGUUCGCAGGGGAGGUUUUUCUAAGCUUUCCUUUAGAAAAGGAAAUGGUGAGCUGUAAACGCGGUCUCAAAGCCAAGCAUUUCAUUUUUCUGUUGUCCUCAUGGCAACACGCUGAGGAUCAGCUGUGCGCUACCAUUUUUUCCCCCCCUUCAGAAAAAGCUGAGAUUUCAAGGAGGUGGAUUGUAAUCCAUUGUUGGUUACCAGUUCUGUCGGGUUUCCUUUCGCCACUGAAAACAGCCAACAGGAAAGUAAUUACAGGAGCAGAUGUGACUUGUGACGUAAAUGUUACUUCUGGCCUUUUCUUUCUUUUCUUCUUUUUUAUUUAUUUUGUUUUUUUAGUAAUCCAGUGGGGUGAUUCCAAAGCAAGUCAACUGGUACGUGGGACACAUGAGCCUAUGGUGAUCAUUUCAAGCUUUUCCUUGACUUAGUCAGGCCCAGGGACAGUUUGCAAUACCUUCAAGGCACUUUUUCAAAUGAAAUUAGUAAGAAAGACACAUUUUUCCACGCAGCUUCAAUAUGUGCAUCCUGUGUAACUGCCUGUGAGAAUCCCACUGCUCUGUCUGCUGGCGUACUGGUGUCUCUGUCCUGAGCAAGAUAUUGAAGUGCUGCUUGUAAUUCCUUAGGAGUAGUAAAUCACAUUUAACACGGACACUUUCCAGUUUUACUGGAAAAACCUGAAAAAUGGGAUGUUUUUGGUGAAGAAGCAAGAGAAAUCCCUGCUCCCUUGUAGCUGGGGGUGGAUUAAAACACCAGCAGAAAGCCUUGAACCCGAGGGAUGGGCUCCUAACACGACUUCAGGGGAAUCCGGACUUUUAUUUAACCAUCAAACUGAAAGCAAUGUUACGGUUGGGUCUAAAUCACAGGAACAUGCCCUGGGAAGAAACGAAUGCCGGCUGGAAGGAGCUGGCGGGCUGCCCUGGGCUCAGGGCAUGGAGCCCAGCGGUGGGGGCUGCUUUUCUCCCCUCCGCUUAGGUUUUCCGGCUCUCUGGAGCAAGGUGGUGGGUGGCAUCUCCAGAGCAUCUCCAAGAGGAGAGAUCGGUCCUGGCAUUACUGUCGUUUCAGCCAGAGAAGGCAGAGCGGAGCCAUGGCAAGAGAGCAGAGCGCAAUCCACAGCGGGGAUCUGCUGUAAUCCAGUCAAACCAGUAACGCAGACAGGUCCCUCCUCCCCUGCUGUGUCUAUUUGGUUUUCCCUACCUUCGAAGAAGCUCCUUUCUGGAAAAGAGUGAAAUACCUGAAUCCUUUCCUUCCCUUUCACCACCCCGGCUCCAUCCUCCCAGCGGAGCGUCUGUGCGGUGCAGUGGGCUCUCUGCUGCGGUGCUGCCCUUUGCCCGCGUGUGUACGUACAUGUGAAUGUAUUUGUACUCAGCACCUUCUCCCCGCAGGUAUGGAGGGUCUCUGCUUGAUCCCACCUUCGGAAAGAGGGCUUUCUUGCGGGUACGGAUUGGAGGACUCACUUAAAUCUCCAUAAAAUACUGGAAAAAAGGAAUAAAGCGGUAACUGUCAUCACCUAUUCAGAAAAAUUCCUGCAGCACAGACACCCAUUUUCCAGCCUUUGAUGACGAGAGGAAAAACUAUCUUGCCAGGUGGAGUGUGAUUUCUAAUUCUUCUCUUCAGCAAACGAAGAGCCGAAUUUAGCAAGUUUGGAGUGAGAUGGAAGUGGAACAUCCCUCCUCCUCCUCCUCCUCCUCCUCCUCUCCUCCUGCUUCCCUCUCCCCCUGGGCAAGCAGCACCCUCCUCGUUAGGGAACACAGCUUCACAGAUGUGUUAAUUUUCGUAAGGCUAUGAUGAGGCUCUGGGCCGGGCGCUUGUUUCCCUUCCCCCUCGCCGAGCGCUCCAGUAACCACACAUUACCCAAGCCGAGCACUUUCUGCAUGACUCAGAUGUACUUUUUUUUUUUUUUUUAAAACUAGAAUCCAAUGGACGUUUUCCUCGCUGAUACCACUGGGACUAGAAGGUCUUUUUUUUCCCACCAACCUUAAAAACAUGCCGAUAUGCUGCAAUUCUUUUUUUUCCUUUUCAAUAUUUUGUUGUUAUUAUUAUUAAAACAGUACCAAGUCCCACAGCACCAAAGGAUGGGAUCUCUCCUGCUCUUUUCUCCCUUCGUCAACAGUGAAGGAAAAAAAAAAAAAGGGGGGGUAAUUAUCCAUAAAAGAAAACAUUGAGGGACACUUGGACCAUCCCUGGUGUCUGGGCUGAACUGGGGGCACUGGUGACACAGGAUGGGGCCAUGGCACAGGUGCCCACGGCCUGCAUCUGAGCCACCCCCACCACCAUUUGGGGUGCAAACACAAGGAGGAGGGAACAGGCAAGGACUGGCGUCCCAUCAUCACUGCCAUCCUGAUGAUGGGUCAUGCUGGACACAACCUGCACUUCUCUUAGACCUGAGGCACCCAACUGAGCCUGGGCACGUGUUGGCCACAGGUGAAGAGUGGAAAAUGCCUUAGUGGAGGCAAAGGUAGUGACCUGCAGACCUGCUGUAAUCCAGGACCUUGGUCCCAAAGACAAAAAGUGCUGAAGAGACAAUUAGGUUGAACGGCAAGGCAGUGAGCUCCCACACGGAGGUGUCUGAAGCCAAGGAGAGGGGUUUUGCAAGGGCUGGCACCAUCUUCGGUCGCAAUAUAAUGCAGCACAUGCAACCCGCGUGGCCUCCCGUGCUGGAAGCGUAGCUCUGUGGUGGAUGUCUGGGUGACUGCGUUCUCCUGUCUGCUCGGCAGCGGGGAGAGCCCAGCCCUGAGCUUCCCCUGAAACCACAAGCAACACGCGGAGCCAACGCAUGUUUUCUCAUGUGAAUCCCGAUGGUUUCAAAUGAACAGGUUUGGGGCCAUGGUUCCCAUCUGAUGUUGACUGCUCGACGUGAUUAUUCAACCCUGAAUUACUUCCAUUGACAGCCGCGCUAUUUCCAGUCUCUUAGUCAGCAUAUACCACUCCGCUUCCCAGUCUGAUGAGACCUGGAUUUUCCCACACUCCCCCUUAAAUGGAAACACAUUGUUCAUCUUCAUUUUAUUUAUUUAUUUGGUACAAAAAAACAAGAUACUGCUCUAACUUUGAAGUGCUGGCUCUACAAUGGUUGGUUCCUUUUCGGAGCAAUGGGUUUUCCUAAAAGCCACUCUCAGCAAGAUCCUUAUCAAACUUUCCUUAGCAGGAGACAAUGAACAUUUCACAGCAUGAAGAAAAAAAUAAAAAGGUCGGUGAGAAGACAAAUGCUCUAUGUGAAGAGACAGCCAGGGUGCAGAUGAGCUUCCUCAGCCUUGUAAACACAGAUUAUCUUCUGUCUAACCUACACUUUCUAAACGUUUUGCUCAUUGAGUCCGCUCCUAAGUUUAUUGAGGGGUGACAACAGGGACCUGAGCAUUGUCUGGAUACUUCCAUCUGAGACCCAUAAACGUCACCCUGAUGUGUCCAAAUACCAAGGGCCUUACAGCUGGGGGUGGCAAUUAGGAUGGGAUUUGGAGGACACAUGUGCCUCUGCAAGCUGCUGGGGGUAACUUUCCACCACAGGUCACAUUGGACCAGUUUCCCACUAGUCUGUGAAACCGGUGGGGGACCUGCGUGGUGGCACAGUGCUUUCCUGAAACUUGGGGUGGUGGGGAGAGAAAGGGACUGAGGAAAACUCCUGGGGGAGCCUGGCUGCCAAACCUCAUGGUGAAGGGGCACCAUCUUCUCCCACAGCCCACCCAAAACCUCUCCUGUCUCAGGUGAAUGCCAAAGGAUGUUCUGAGUGGGGAUGGCCCCGGAAUCAGCUUGAGACCUGACCUCCCCCAGAAUUGCCAGUGCCACCGGAUAGCUGAUCUGGGAGACAAACAACACAGUAAGGGGUUGUGUCCCCCCCUCAGGACCUGCCAAAUUUGACCUGAACCCCACAGCUCAGCUCCAUGAGAACCUCCGCAGGGGCAGGUGCCGGGGGUGGCCGAUGCUCUGGGUCUAGGUAGGGGCUCAGGUGUUGAUUUUGCUGGGAGCAAUCACUGCUUUGCUUUGGCCGCAUUGGAGCACCUCCGUGCAGGCGGGUGGCAGCUUUGUGUGGAGGAAACAUGUCAGCUGCCGUCCGCCGUGGUUUUUUUUCUUUUAGACUAAUUGUAUUUUUAAUUAUUUGGCGGAUGGUUUCGAGCCGAGACACUGUAAUCAGUCAAUGUUUGUUGGUUAAAAUAGAAGUAAACACUAGGUUAAUAUAAACAGAGGAGCGCUCUGGUUUACUGCCCAGGGAUAACACCGGCAUUGUUGCGUGGAUCCUCGUCUGAAGGCUUCGAAGAUUGCUUGCUCUAUUUGUUUUUCCAAAGAUGGGUAACUUUGUUCUAUUUGCUCAGCUUCUUAUGGGCUUGAAUAGACGAGAGGUAAAGUGCGGUAAAGGUGGGUCUGGCUCUGAAGGGGCCUGGAGGAAAAAUGUGUUUUUGGAUUCUGAUCUCAUCCAAAAAAUGUCCUGCAUUUCAGUACCCUUAGAUAGCUUACACGUUGGAAAUGCCAAGGAACCGGAAACUUUCGCUCCAAAGUCAACUCUGCUUUCAUUAGUAAUUAUUUUAAGACGGCAUUCAGAGAACAAAACAGUACUAUGUGGAGCAGAAAGAGACCCGUGGGGAAUGCGGGGCUGAGCAAGAGUUCAGCCCGCCAUCCCCACUCUCACGCUGGAUGUCAAGGAUUAGCAUCCUGAGAUGCAGGCGAGGUGUUUGGGUGAGGUGACGGUGAGGGGCACAACGAAGGGGAGAAAGGAGAGCUGCCCUCCAAACCAUACCAGUGGCAGCAGAGCCCUGACACUGCUGGGGAAGGCAGGCGGUGGGACAGGCAGGGCUGUGCAGGGCCAUGGAGGGGCUGAGUCUGGCUCAGAAGACCCCCCCAGCAGCCACGAAGGCAAAGUCUGGGGAGCACUUGUCCUCCUCAUCUCUUCAUGUGGUAGAGACGUGUGCUUGGACCCAUUUUACAGAUGGGAAAACUGAGCCACACGUGCAGCAGAGUGAAGACGCACAUUUUACUGACAAACGUGGGACUUGACUUUCUCCUUUGGACCUGACCUGGUGUCAUCCCUCACCUUGUUUUUCUGUCAUUGAGUCACCCCCCUGUGCCGGUAAUCUGCUUCUACAAAUCCUGUAGAUCAUUACAAGUAAUAUUAGAUUUAUCACUUCUGUAUGUAGCGCGCCAAUCCUGGCAGCGCGUUUUGAAAGCACAACAGCAACAAGAAGCAUAUGUUCUGAGAGUUGAGUUAGUGGGAUUUUUUUUUUUCUGCCAAGGACAAUAAUUUUUUUUCCUCUUUUUUUUUUUUUUUUUU